ACUCCGUGUCACAGUAUUUGUUCGACCCGACGAGGGGAAGAGAGUAAAAAAAACAUAAAAUAACUUUAGGGAUCUGCAAAGAAAUGGAGUUGUGGAAAAGGUCAAGUUAGAAAGAUUGCUAUCAAAUCCUGACCAUGAGCUGUGAGGAUGCAACAUAACGUUUCGGCGGUAAGGACCCUGCUAUGGCCAGCGUCGCCCCCAGUAGAAAGCCCCGAAGUCGUUCUCUGGACCAGGCCUCGCUUCACGAGUCUGGUGUUCGACUCCUCCGACUGAGGAUUUCCAGGCGGCAGCAUGAUGGCUCUCGAUCUCCUCGCACGCAGGGCGUUGGGGCUGAUACCAGUGCCUCCACCUCCUCCUCCUCCUCCUCUGCACAAGAAUCUCAUGUCCAGGAAGCCCGAGGUCUCCUGAAGCACAAUGCCUUAGCUCUGAAGAACGUGGCAAGGUCCCUCUUGGGAAGCCCAGCUGGGGGGCGUUUUUCUGCUGGAAUAGGUUCUGGAAUUGGUUCAGGAGGAGGAGGGGCUAGUGGAGGCAGUAGCGCUGGAAGUGGCGCCGGGAGCAGCGGGUUGGCUGGAAGGCUCCCAGUGCACGGAACUGGACUGACCAAAGGAGAGAGGCCCAGCCGCAGUCUGUCGACAGACCGAGAGGAAACGGCCGGAUUGUGGGUCAACAGGACUGCCCUCAUCAAUGAAGUUUGCUCAAGUCCCUACAGACGUCGCCACAGUAUGACGCCUUCCUUGGGUGCCAGUUCCUGCAGUCCGCCCCUUCGUCGCCACAAUCUGCAGCUCCUGCCAUGCCACCAGCAGUCUGCCAAUGUCACGUUGCCUCCUGACCCUCCCAAGCCCUUCUUAGUGGGAGGGAGGGUCUUUUACUUCUACUCUUCAGACGACUGGAGAGCUGCUUUCCAGAAUCAGGACAGAAGAGCAGCAGCAGCCGCAGCUGCCAAUGCACCAUCAUGUUCCUUACAUCCCAGCUGCUCUGGAGGGCAGCUGGAAUCCUCUUGCUCGACCAGCCAACGACAGCAGCCUUGGAACUUCCCAGAGCCAGAUAGGUUAGCUCCACAGUUACCAGAACAUCAGGAUGGAAUAGGAGGAUCACCUCAGAGGAGGUUUAGGUCGUGUUCUGUUGGAACGGCCUGCGAGGCCGCGACCCGUUGUUCUCUGUUGCAUCCGGGCGGCCUUAACCUGAAUUUCGAUUCCUUUGAUGAUGAUGAUGAUGAAGAUACCCCUGGGCCCAAUAUAUACCCAACAUGUUCCUAUAUGAGGCCCAGGGCGGCUUCUGAACAGUACUCUUCUCCUCUUCACAUG